UCCCCCACUCCCACUAUGGACUGUCUAUCUCUCUCUCCAAAACCCUAGGCCUCUCUACGAUCCUGAGCCUCUGUCACCGUUUCUCUCUCACCGAAAGUUUCCAUCAUCACAUUCGAUUGUAAGUUUCUCUCUGUCACAUGAAUCAGAAUCUCGUCGGUGCAUCAUUUCCUGCAAGCAGUUAAUUUCUUACUAAAUGACAUGAAUAUUUUCAACUGAAUUAGCUGUCAAAUUUUGCUGCAAUGUUUCAAGCCUUUUGACCUUGGCAUGUAAAGAAGCAUCGAAAACGUACACUUUAUACGCCACAACUGGCCCAUACUACCACCGCCACCGUCUCUCUCUCUCUCUCUCUCGCCUCGGCCUGUAAAUAAACUCCUUCCUCCGGAAGAAACGCUCCAAAGGAACAAACAAGCAAGAAACCGAAGCAACAGCAGCAGUAGAUCUAUAGGGGAAAAUGGCACUUGAGUGGGUUGUGCUAGGCUACGCGGCGGGUGCCGAGGCCAUCAUGGUUCUCCUGCUUACCAUCCCGGGGCUGGAUGGGAUCCGUAAGGGGCUCAUCGCCGUCACUCGUAACCUUCUGAAGCCGUUGCUGUCGGUGGUUCCGUUCUGCCUUUUCCUGCUCAUGGACAUAUACUGGAAGUACGAGACCAGACCCCACUGCGAGUCUCCUGACUCCUGCAGCCCCUCUGAGCAACUCCGCCACCAGAAGUCCAUCAUCAAGAGCCAGCGCAACGCCCUACUCAUCGCCGCCGCUCUCAUCUUCUACUGGAUCCUCUAUUCCGUCACCGGUCUCGUCGUCAGGAUCGAGCAGCUUAACCAGCGCCUUAAGGCUCGCCGGGACUGAUGCGUCGAGAUAGUCUGUGGGAUCUAUCUUUCGCAUUUUUAUUACACGUUUUAUACGUUGGAUCGUGUAAACUCUAGCAUGCUCUUUUUUUUUCUUUUUUUUUUUCUUUUAUUUACGGGAUAUUGAAUUUGAAGAUUAUUGAGUUAGUUAAUGAUAAUUGUGGUUUUUGAUUUGCAAAAUUACUUGAUUCAUUUAUGGAUAAAUUGGAUUUUUACGGUUCCUGAA